UGUUUGGUUUAGAGAAAUGUUUACUUUGGGAGACACACAAAAACCUAGCGUCAAAGUUCAGAUUUAAACUCGGCCAUUCCCCUAACCUCAGCUACUCCACACAUCCUUUCUGUACAGUGGCUUAAAGCUUACAACCUGUCAGAAUGAAGUUCCUGUUUCAUUUGCUUGCCUUUGCUCUCAUCAUCACCUCCACGUUUUGCGGAGUCAAGGACUUCACCGAGCACUUUCAAAGUCUUAAAAAUGCACAGCCAGGUGAAAAUGUGACCUAUGAUAUGCCAGACUUACCACCAGAGUUCCACAGGGAAAACACCAUCACUAAUGACUUGAUUCCUGAAGAGGAGGAGGAAGAAGACUAUCUAGACCUUGACAAGAUACUAGGGGAAGAUGACUAUGGUGACAUUAUUGAUGCUGGUCCAUACAUGGUCUCUGAAAUUCAGCAAGGAAAUAUUCUUGAACUGUUCCAAGGCAAAACCAGAAUCCAGCGCCUCAACAUCCUCAAUGCCAACUUUGGCUUCAACCUCUACCGCAGCGUGGCAGACAAAGCCAACUCUUCAGAUAACAUUCUUAUGGCUCCUGUGGGCAUUUCCACUGCAAUGGCAAUGAUUUCUCUGGGUCUGAAGGGUCAAACCCAGCAGGAAGUGUUAUCUGUUCUUGGCUUUCAGGACUUCAUUAACGCCAGCAGCAAGUAUGAGCUGAUGACCGUUCACAACCUCUUCCGCAAACUCACUCACCGGCUCUUCAGGCGCAAUUUCGGCUACACCCUGAGGUCUGUCAAUGAUCUUUACAUUCAGAAGGACUUUUCUAUUCUGAAUGAUUUCAGAAACAACAUGAAAACAUUCUACUUUGCUGAUGCCCAACCAGCUGAUUUUUCAGAUCCCAACUUCAUCACCAAAACCAACGAACGCAUCCUGAAGCUGACCAAGGGAUUAAUAAAGGAAGCCCUAGUGAACGUGAGCCCUACGACGCUGAUGAUGAUUCUCAACUGUCUUUAUUUUAAAGGAACUUGGGAAAAUAAGUUUCCAGUGGAAAUGACAACCAAGAGAAGUUUCCGACUCAACGAGAAGCAAACCAUAAAGGUCCCAAUGAUGCAGACUAAAGGAACCUUUCUAGCUGCUGCAGACCCCGAGCUAGACUGUGGUGUGAUCCAGCUGCCCUUCGUGGGGAACAUCAGCAUGCUGAUUGUGCUCCCACACAAACUCUCUGGCAUGAAAGCUGUAGAAAAACAGAUAACACCUCAAGUGGUGGAAAAAUGGCAGAAGAGCAUGACAAACAGAACAAGAGAAGUGGUUCUGCCUAAAUUUAAGCUGGAGAAGAGUUAUAACUUGAUUGGUUAUCUGAAAUCCAUGGGAAUAGAAGAACUGUUCAAUGAAAAUGGCGACUACUCUGGGAUAUCAGCUGAGAAAGUCACCAUUGACAGGUUCAAUCACCAAGGCACAAUAACUGUGAAUGAGGAAGGCACAGAGGCUGCAGCAGUAACCAACGUGGGGUUCAUGCCUCUCUCCACUCAGAUUCGCUUUAUUGUCGACCGCCCCUUUUUGUUCCUCAUCUACGAGCACCGUACCAGCUGUCUUCUCUUCAUGGGCAGAGUUGUCAACCCAGCCAAGCCUUAAGAGCAGGGAAAACCUUCAACAGCCUGCUGUUCACGUUAAUAUCCCAGUAUCAUAAAGGAAAUGUUGUUGUCAUAUUAUCUAACACAAAAGCCACUGGCAGCAAAAGAAAAUAGAUUCUCUGCAGGUGGACUCAUAGCAGUAGGUAAUUUGACUGCAAUUUUAAAUGGUUAGUGCCAGGUAUUGAUAAGUGUAUUAAAGAGAAAGAAAAAAACCCAAACCACAAAGUAAGUUACACUUUGUGUUCUACUUCAGUGUAUACAAUGUAAUCAAUAAAAUACUUAGACUAUCUGGAUUGUUGAAGUUUAGCUCUAAAUAUCUGCUAGGAUGCCUAUUUAGAAUAAAUAGGAAAAGGAGAUGCAGAAUACCUGAGCAGUCUCAGAAACCUGAACAGUCUCUCCUGGCCUUUUGCUUGCAUCAUUGAACAGUCAGCAGCCUUACACACCAUGAACCUCAUGGACUGGUGUACCAAAUAAGAGGAGAUAAAAAUGGCUUGGAAGAAUAAAAUGCAAAUGGAUCCU